AUGCUGUUCUCAGAGACGAUAUACCACCUCUCUUCCUCGCUGUCGCAGCACACCUACGAGCUCACCAAGCACCUGCUCGACAAGAACGGGGGGACGCAAGCCGACUCGCUGGACGACGCCGACGUCGUGAUCACCGACUCUGCUCGAUUCGAGGGUUGGCAGAAUUUCGCUGUAUUGGCCUAUGGUGGGAUGGGCGUUCACGAUGGAGACGAAAACUCGGAUGACCAGGGAAAGGGGAAAGUGAAAGGUGGAUUUGAAGGGGAGAAUGCGACACCCAAGAAAUGGGCUGUAACACCUAAAUGGGUCGAGAGGAGCGUUGUGUUGGGCAAAUUGCAGUCACCCCAGUUCUUCUCGCCUGACCCGGCGAUGCUUUUCUCAGGCGUCGUAGCCUGCGCAACAGAGGACCUCGAAGUCCUUUCCGCCGGAAUCCUAGCACUGGGCGGCCAAUGGAGGACAGGUCUCACCAAAGACGUGACCCAUCUAUUUACAAUCCGCUCCGUUCCUGACCCAGAGCACCCAACCCCAGCAGCAAUCCAAGCCUCCAAAUACCUCACCGCCCUCCACUUCCAGCCCCAAACCGGGGUAAAAGUCGUCCUCCCACACUGGUUCGACGACUGCGUCCGUCUAGGGAUCAAAAACCUCGACACCAAACCCUACGAAUUCCCCGACCCUCCUUUACUACGAAACGACCACCUCCAGCUUCCGAACCACGGAGCUGACGGGGCAGUGGACGAGGAAACGCGGAAGAGGCAGCAGAAGAUAAGGAAGGCGACGCAGACGGAGAAGGACCCGUUGAAGAAGAGCGUGUAUACGACCAGUGUCAAGUAUACACCUGGACGGAACGCCGGGUUCGAAGGUGUGAUUGAGGAGGAUGGGGACGUGACGCUUGUUGAAGGCGAUGACCCUUCAAUACCCCGCACCCUCCCUUUCAAGGGCCACCGAAUCCUCAUAAGCCGCUCCCUGAAACUAGGCAAAGGACGGCGCCGCGAGGCCAUCGAAGCGGGUAUCCGCCGUGCGGGAGGCGUAGUCGUUCGAUGGGAGGGGGACGACGAGGACGAGGGUGUGACUGAACCCGUUAGCCCACCCGGCAGGGAUGCCAGUGAUGGGCCGGGUAUGGCGCGUCGGAGGGCGCGGAGCAGCGUUGGUGCAGGAGGAAGCAGUUCUCCAGCGAAGCCUGGGGACAGUUCGGUACAGGGUACCUCUCCUUCCAAACACGAACCUUCCUCGUCCAUGCAUGGACAUGCCAAUGGGGCAGCUAACGGUGCGGUGAAGAAGAGACCGGAAGACGAGACACCCGAGGAAAGGGACGAGCGGUUAAAAAAGGAGAGGAGAGAGAGGGAUCUGGACAGGAAGGAAGCUGAGGCUGUUCAAGAGUGCGACGUGUUCAUUACGCGGUGGAGGGAGGGGAGGGGGUAUCUGGCUGCGUACACUUCGCAUAAAACGAUCGGUACCCUCGCGUGGUUGUACCACGUCCAGUCUACGGGCGUCCUCACCCGUCCCCAAGACCAGCUAUUACACUAUCCCAUCCCAAAGGAGAGGAUAAGCGGCUUCAGCGGACACGAAAUCACAGUCACGAAUUACACAGGUGAAGCACGCGAGUACCUUAAGAAACUCAUCAUCACGAUGGGUGCGACCUUCACGCCUAGCAUGAGCGGGAAGAAUACAGUCUUGAUCGCUGCUACCAAAGACUCGACGAAAGCCCAAAAAGCUCUAUCCUGGUCGAUCCCCGUGGUGAACCACACCUGGCUCGAAGACUGUUUCGUGCAGUGGAGGAACCUGACGUUGGCUAGUGAGAAGUACCUCCGCUUCCCCGAUGGUGUGGAUUUUAGUGCAGUGUUGGGUGAGAGGGGUGUUGGAUUUGGUGGAACGUUCAUCUUCCCCCGCACCGCGCCGUCCUCGACUGAGAAACCGGCCACCAAACUCCCGCGUAUGGAGGAGGAGAUCGAGGAGUUGAUGGAGCGGUACGAGGAUGAGGACGGGGAGGAUGCCAAUGUUGAUUUGGGGGUUGGAAUGAGCGUUGAUGGACAUGCCAGCGGGGAGGUGACUGGGGAUCUCACUGGAGCGGUUACAGGGGAUCUCGCCGGAGAAGUUACUGGUGACAUCACGGGUGAUACGACGGGGGCUAUGAACGGCGACGAUACACGCAUGGACGUUGACGUUGGCAUAGAUGAAGCACCGCAGGGUACAGCUGCGAGUGCGAACGAGCAGGAGAUGGAGGAGGUUGAGGCGUUGUUUGAGGAUGGGGUGGAUGAGGAGACGGAUUCGAGGGAGAAGUCGGGGUCUGGGUCGAGAGGGAAGUCUGGAUCUGGGUCGAGGGAGAAGGCGUCCUCGAAGGGUCCAGGUGGAGGAAGGAAAAAGCGUGCCGAGAGCGAUGAUGAAGCAGCGGAGGACGAGGAAGAAGAGGAGGACGAGGAAGAGGUCGUCUCGUCGAAAAAGAAAUCCACAUCCAAGUCCAAACCCACGUCGUCAACGCCCAAGGCGACGGCUAAGGGUAAGAAGAAACCUACCCGGCCAACCUCAGAUUCGGACUCGGAUGUGGAGAUUGUGCAGGUUGUCAAGUCGCCUGUUAAGCGACGCGGUGAUCACGAGGAGGAAGAGGAAGAAGAGGGGGAGGAGGAUCAAGAGGACACGCCUAAACGACCCACGUCCAAAUCAUCGAAACCAACAGCCUCAAAACCGACCACAUCAGCCAAGUCCAAACCGUCCGAGUCGACACCUAAAACUCCCCGUCCAAGUUUACUCGACCGACCGCGCGGAGACGCGUCGACCAAGAUUAGGAAGAGCCUCGGUGGGGGCGGUGGUGGUUCUGGUCGUGUGAAGAGGGUGGAUACCGAUAGUGAGACCGAGGACGAAGACGAGGACAAGGGGGAGGAAGGGGACAGGAUGGACGUGGAUGGCGAGGACGACGGUAACAUCAUGAUUUCGCAAUGGACGACGGGCCAGGCGGCGGGUACAGGGGGGGCUAAGGGGAAGGCGAAGGCCAAGGAGCGAGAGGAGGCGGUGCAAGGGAAGGCUAAAGCGAAGGAGGUGACGGUCCAAGGAAAGGGACAAGGCAAAACCGGAGGGAAGAGGAAACCACAGGACACCCCCUCUGAAACUGAAGACGAAGAUGCAGACGAAGAUGAGGGUGAUUCGUCAGACGAAGAUUUGCCCGACAUCUCCACCGUCAUCAAUCGGGCGUUUGCUGCUAACACUGGAAAGCAGGCUUCUAGUUCGAAACCUGGUGCACGUGCUUCUACGUCGAAGAAAACGUCCAAGUCGGCUGGGAAGGGCAAGGGUCGGAACGUUGAGGAGGAACGCACGGACGAAGAAUCCACCGAUGACGAUGAAGAGGGUGGAGACCGCCCUCCCAAAAAGCGGCAAGCGGCUGAAGCGAGGACGCCGAAGAGGGUUGUGUCGGUUUUGCUUCCGACUUUGGAGUUGAGUGUGGAGAGGAAGAGGAAAGGGAAGGAGAAGGAGAAGAAGAAGCGGUUUGAGAAGGAGGAGGAGGAGGAGGAGAGUGAGGAAGAGGAGGAGGUUGCAGUGAGAAAGAAGGGGAAGGCUGCUGCGGGAGAGGGGAGGAAGGCUGUUGCAAGCGCAAAGGAGGCUGCCAAUGCGAAGGGAAGGGCUAAGGAGAAGGAGAAGGAGCCAGUGAGGAAGGCGAAGGCGAGGCCUGUUGAAGAAGAUGAGGAAGACGCAGAGGAAGAGGAGGAGGAGGAGCCGGUUAGAGGGAAGAAAGGGAGGGAGAAGGCUAAGCCGCAGUCCAAGGCAAAGUCGAAGAGGAGAGCUGAGGACGAGAUGGACGUCGAGGAAGAAGAGGAGACGCCUGCACCUCCGGCGAAGAAGAGAGGCGCAGCUGCGGUGACGAAGUCUACUGCCAAACCUGCUCGAGCGACGAAGAAACCCGUCCGUCUUCCCUCGGACGACGAGGAACACGAUCAGGACCGGAUGGACGUCGACCAAGACCACGAUGAGGAACCACCCCGAUCGUCAGCACCUUCCCCCUCGCGCAGCGCUCCUCCAUCUUCGCAUCCCAGUUCAACCUCCACUCCGGCUCCCGAGGAGAGUCUCCCGCGUAAGCGCAGCGCAGCGACGAAAGCGACUGCGAAGCUCCGCGACGAGCUCAUGCCUGACCUCGUCAACUUUGAGCAGCAGUUGCGGAAGAGCAAUAAAGCAAAGGGGAAGGGGAAAGGACGUGUAUCGGACUUCUUUGUGGUGGAGGGCGAUACGCCUGCGCCUGAGGUCAGGGAGAGUUCGAGUCGGAAGAAGGCCGGGGAAGGGAAAGGGAAGGAAAAGGAGGAGGGGCGGACAGUGGACGAUGCCAAGGAUGGGAAGAAGAGGCGACGAUCGGAGGAGGGGGCUGGUGCCAAGGGUAAAGCGCGUCAGGAAGAGGAGGAGGAGGAAGAGGAGGAAGAGGUGUCGAGAGGGAAGAAGAAGAGGAGGAUCAGUGAUCAGCGUGGGGAGGUUGUGUCGCGGGGCAAGGCCGGGAAGGAGAAAGAGAAAGACGAGGCGCCUGCGAAACUGGAGAAACCGGUAUACAUUCUUGCUACGCAGGUCAAGUUCUCGGAUAAUGUUAUCAAGCCAAUGGUCGCGCUAGGAGCCAAGUUCACAGAUCGACCGGCCGACUGUACGCACCUCGUCGCGAAGGGUCUGGUCAGGACCGAAAAGUUCUUGUGUGCAUUGUCGAGGGCUCCAUUCAUUGUUAGCGAGGAUUGGGUGAACGAUUCGGCCAAGGCUAAGAAGCUCUUACCUGAGGACAAGUACAUGCUCAAGGAUCCAAUUGGUGAAGAGCGGUACGGUGUUACAGUCCAAACUGCCCUGGAGCGGGCGAAGCAAAAUAAAGGCAGGCUUUUGGGUGGAAAGACGUUCUAUAUCACGCCCAAGGUUCAGGCUGGGUUGCAGUUGAUGAAGAGUUUGAUCGUUGCUUCUGGUGGUACCGUCUCUACAUCACAACCGACAGUCCGAAUCCUGAAGGGUGCUCCUGAACGAUAUGUCAUUUCCGCACCGGAAGAUGCGCAUAUAUGGCGCGUGAUAGCUGAGGCCGGUAUACCUGUUUACUCGCAAGAGUUGGUGUUGAUGGGCGUGUUGAGGCAGGAAGUGGACUGGGAUGAGGAGAGCCAUCGGGUUGAUUUGAUGAAGUGA